UGACGUCAAGUUCAAUGAGAGAAUACUUAAUUUAACAGAUACGGUUUUUAGUGAUGAUGAGAUAAAACUAUUGAACUUGGGCUUGAAGUUUUCAAUCCCGACCUUCAGAAAACCAAAGAUGAUCGAAGACUUGGUGGUCGCCGUAGAGACCUUUUUCAGAGUAAACAAAGUGAAUAAUGUCAAUAUUGUCCGUAGCCACAUCAUUUCUAUUCUCGAUAGAUUCAAGAAAACCCGAAACAAGUUACCAAGAUUCCUGCUAACCUUGAAGCAUAGCUUAAAAUCUGUCAGACAAAAAAUCGCAGAAAAUAACUUGUUUUUUUCAAGAGCUGAUAAGGGCAAUUGCCUAGUUGUUCUCAAAAGGGGUGAAUAUGAGAAUAAAGUAUUGGAAUUUUUUAACAACAAUGGAUUCAAAAAAGUGACCGAAACAUUCGUUAGCAAAUACAAUGCCAGAUUCAAGAACCUUCUAUCCUCUCUAGGGCCUGUUUUGUGUAAUAAUUGGAAGUCUUUAUUGCCCAUGUCUUUCAAUACCCCCAGACUGUAUGGCCUUCCCAAAGUUCACAAACAGGGAAUACCUAUUAGACCCGUGGUAUCAUUCUCGGGUAGUCUUGCUUUCAAACUCUCCAAAUACUUGACGAAGUUUAUUUUUUCCAACUUGAACAUCAAAUCAGUUUACAGUAUCAAUAACAGUUCAGAGCUUGUAACAAAACUUAAGGACUUACAUAUACCCGAUAAUACCAUUCUUGCAUCCUUUGAUGUAAAAAACUUAUUUACUACGGUUCCCGUUCCACAAACACUAAAAAUCUUCCAGAAUAUUCUAUUCAAUUCUCAAAUCUCAAAUGAACUGGUAGAUUGUAUAUACCGACUAACCGAAUUAUGUCUCCAUCAGAGUUUCUUUAAGUUCGGGGACGAUAUUUUCGUCCAGGAACACGGAUUAAGCAUGGGGAACUGCUUGUCACCACCUUUUGCUGAGUUGUUUAUGUCAUAUUUUGAAAAGAAGUUAAUUUUUAACGGAAACAAUCCUUUCAAAGAGAAAGUAAUCUUUUGGGUUAGAUACGUUGAUGACAUUCUGAUAGGCUGGAAGGGAAACGAGCAAGAACUGAGGGAUUUUUUCAAGUGGAUCAAUACACUUCAUAUAAAUAUAGAAUUCACAUUGGAAUUGGAAUCAGAGGGGAAAAUUAACUUUUUAGAUCUCACGAUCAUCAAAGAGUGUAAUAAACUGAUAUUUGAUAUAUUUAGAAAGCCAACGCAAACGGACUCUACCAUUGACAAAUCAUCUUGCCAUUUCAUGGGCCACAAAAUGGCGGCGUUUAACACUUAUGUGAACAGGCUACUUAGGAUCCCUUUGAAGGAAGAGUUCUACGAGAAAGAGGUCAGCACUCUCAAGUAUAUAGCUGUUGAAAAUGGAUACUCACCUGAAAUUAUAGAUAAUUUGAUUAAAAAUAAAAAACAAAAACAAUCCAUUGAAGCAACAAUUGUUCAACCAACUUCAGAACCCGCAACAAACAGCCAAACUGAUAAAUUUUGCAAUCUGCCAUAUUACGGAAAUAUUUCUCAUAAAAUAGCAAGGGUCCUGGGUAACCUAGAGAAUACGAAGAUUGCCUUUAAAUCUAAGAAUACUUUACAGCAAUACCUAAUCAAAAAUAAAACCCCUGUGGACAGCCUUGAGAAACCAGGAGUCUACAGACUCGAAUGUGGCGAUUCGGAAUGCAACGCUGUAUACGUGGGCAGAAGCGGAAGGUCAAUUAAAACUAGGACAAAGGAACAUCUAUAUAGCCUAAAAAACCCUAACAACAAUAAAUCCAUUUUUGGUUCACACCUUCGAGAUGAAGAACAUUGCUUCGAUAUUAACACCAAUGUGAAAUUGUUGCAUCAUUGCGACUUCGGGUUCAGGCAGGAGAUACUUGAAGAAGUCGAAAUAUUUGAACAUAUGCGGGACAACCGAUAUAACACACUCAAUGCAAUGCUAACUAAUAAUAUAAAAGAAACAUAUAAAUUAAUAUCACCUAGCACGCGAGAUUGAUGAAGAAGAUGAUUUUUAUAUCUGUUAUGUGUCCGUGUUCGGAAGAUUUAGUUUUGUAUUGCACCCGUCUGCCUGACGUUGAUGUGUCACCUUUCAACUUUUGACGGUCGACCUGAUGUGUCUUUGUUGUUUUACUGUUUAUGAGUAACUAUGUUUAAUUGUAACUUCACUUGAAACUAAGAGCUUAUAUAUUUUUACUUGGAUGACUGACUAUCAUGACAAUUUUGGAACCAAAAAUCGUAAGGUUUUUAUUCGUUUUGUUGUUUUUAUUCAUUUGUUUAUUUAUUCGUUCCAAUGUGUAACCUACAAAUUUUAUAUUUACAUUUCUAUUUGCGUCUUUUUAAUCUUCCAUUGUUUCUUACA